AAGGUCAAAGGUGAACUCUGACGCAUUUAUGUACACCACGGACGAUUUUGCAGCAGCAGAACAGCUCCUUUCAGUAUCUGGUAUAUUUUUUUGUGAAACGUUUUUUAACAGAAAGGUCCGCGAUGGUUUCUCGUUAGUUUACGAUCAUUCCGUGACUAUUAUGAUCUCAGGCUGAUGACUUAACUAGCACGCUAGCUAGCCGGGAACGUUAGCCAUGUUAGCUGCAUGCUAAUUGCCAUGGAUCCACUGAGCACCGUUGUGGACGAGGUUGCUUUGGAGGGGCUGGAUGGGAUAACUAUUCCCACUCUUUGGAUACGAUUGGGGACCGUACAGCCCAAGUUCCCCCUGAAACUCGACGAGUUGACCAAGGAGUUUAUCUGGAAGUCCCUUGUGAACAACAGAGACUUGAGGUUCUAUGAACUUCCGCAGGAAAGACCAGACGUGCAGCUGUUUAACAGGUUUGGGGAAAAUGACUCAGACAUUAGUCUUGAAACUCAACUGAGUAGUGCUGAUGACUACAAAGACAUCUAUUCUCUUCAUGUCAUACCUGAAAACAAGGAUGGGAUCCAGGGUUCAUGCAAUUUCUUCAAAGAGAGGAAAGAUAUUACAAAACAAAUCCGCUCCGUGUCUCUUACUCCUCUUGUCAGCUUGGAGGAGGCUUCAAAAAAAUAUGGAAGGAAAUUGGUGAUCGUGGCAUCUCAAGCUGUGAGGUUUCGAGCUCUCAUCGGUGCAGAAAACGAUCCUGAUCUAAAGAUGUCCAAUGAUUCCUACUGCGUGCUGGAACGAGUGGGCCGAGCUCGCUGGCAAGGGGAACUGCAAAGCAAUCUGCACAAUGGCCUUUUCUCGUCAGAUGCUCGAAAACUGCACUACUUGAGGAAGCCUCUUGUCAAACAUGACCUGAUCACUCUGCAGCCUUUUAGCCUACGUCUGAAGUCAGGCCAGCAGCAACACACCCUUCUUCUCCUGCUCAAACGCUUUCACCUGAAUAGACGGACGAAAUAUGAUAAGAUGAUGGAGUAUGUGUCCGACUUUCUCCAGCAGUUCCCUGGUCAGUUCACCACCGUCGAUGCCUUUAAGCAGCAUCUUAAUCUGAGCGAAACUGUUUUGAGAACCUUGAUUAAAAACCUAAGAGCUGCAGGCAUGACAGAAUUUAUCCGCUACCCUUUGGAAGAUUUGGAUCCCGAGGCUGGGCCCUGCAUCAACAAGAAUGGAAAUAAAGUUCUAGUGCGAUGCUUGAAAUUGGUGAAGCCCUACUCGAAGAAAGAUAUCCCAGAUGUCAUUGACGAUGACGAUGAUGAAGACAACAUGCCUGGAGGAAGCAAGCUUUCCACUGAAGGUCGAGUGUUGGAGAGAGACAUCAUAUCGCAGGCCUACCACCUCGUUUUGUCCUGCGGUACAAAGGGGAUCCCACAGAGGGACAUCACAUCAAAAAUGAACAUUGGAAAUCUGGAGUCUCGAAUGAUCAUUCGAAAGCUGGAAAGGGAUGGGUUGAUCAAGGGGUUUAUGGUGGAUGAAGGUCGACAAAGGACCACAAAAUAUCUAAGCCACAAGUGCGUGGGUGUCAGCGACCAACUCCUGUUGUUUGCUCAAGAACGUGAACGAAAUAAGCUGCUCUACUCUGCAGCAAAUAAAAGCCACGAUGCCCCCCCAGCCAAGAAAAGUAAGAAAAAAGGCCAAAACAAAGAGCAGGAAGGUCAGGGUGGAAGAGGUGAUGCUGAGACUGCGAGAGUAGACCAAAAUAGCGGAGAAGCAUCUGGAGAGUCAAAAGAGGAAGAUAUGACAGAGCAGAUGCAGCCUGAGCCUCCCAUCAUGCAACCUGCACCAGAUGACGGUGCCAUACCUUCUAUCAAUGGAUCCAUGACCAGUGUCACACUUGACCCUGUGACCCCUUCUAAACCUGAAGGGCCAUCUGCAGUUAUAAAGGAGCAGGAGUUCAUUACUCACAGCGACGCUGGUUCUUGUGAGGCGCAGACUAAAGCUGAAGCUAAAGCUAAGACACACGAGACGUACCGGGGAUUGAGAAGGAAAAACUUGAUUGUGGAGGCUGUCCAGAACUUUAAAGUUAUAGAGGGUUUUAUCCAACUCCAGAAGAUGAUCAGUGAUGAAGAAAAGAAGGAUGGGAUCAGUUCAAAGUGUUGCAAAAAGACCAUUUUACGCCUCGUACAGAGUAUGUCAAGAAAGGGCUUGCUAAAGAUUUACACUACCACCGUUAUACAGGACGGCAUCACCAAGAAGGUUGACAUUAUUGUCCAUCCAUCCAUUCAGUCCAACGACGAGAGGAUAAGCCAACUCAUUGAUCAGGUCCGAUUCAAAAUCUCCAGCUCCUCCUCUGUUGUACGUAAACAUGAAGCUUCAGAGAACAGCAAAAAACAAGCCACGUCCAAGGAUUUAUUCGAAGGACAGAAGGACAAGGGUGUCAAAAACCGGAAGAGUGAUGAAGGAGAGACGCCAUUCAAGCCCACAAAAGUGUCUGGAUUGGGUAAAACCUUUGGCUACCAACCCAAGAUGUGUCGGCUGCGGGUUCUUCAUACCUUCAUCUGGCACGUAAUCUAUGGGCACCCACUGCUGAACGACCCCCCUGAUGCAGAAUGCACCGCAGAGGCAACCGAGCUGAAUAAAUCCAGCCUCCACGGAUCAAACCCAGAGCCCCAAAACAAACCCACUCAGGGAGAAACCUCCGGUGUAGCAGACCUUGAUAAGACCUUAGGUGAUGAAGAAGAACUACCAAACGACCAAGCAAACCCUGGUCCCUCAGAGUCCAACAUGAAAGUGUACGUUGAUGAAGAGUCGUGGAAAAGGUUCGUUCCUCCUGCCCGUCUUCAAAAGGGUUUUAGCAGAGGCUGGGUGAUGGUUGGUGACCUGCUCCUCUGCAUACCACUCUCAGUCUUCACUCAGAUUAUAAAUAUAAAUUACAAGGUGGACGGACUGGAAGAAUAUCUGAGCGAUCCUGUGAAGCAGCAUCAUCUUGUCAGAUGGCUGCCUGGUACAAUGAAAAGACAGCUUCUUUAUAAGCGGAGAUAUAUCUCCUUGUUAACUGAGAACCUGCAAAAAUUGAUUUACAUGGGUCUGCUGCAGUUUGGGAUUGCAGAGAAGUUUAUGGAGCGAGACCAGAUGUUUGUGUAUCUGAAACGCAAUGCUACCAUUGUUGACACCACCCACGCAGAACCUCACUACUGGCUGGUCAAAGAGCCGCCGGACAAACCCUUUGAGAGGCGCCGCUACACUUUCAGCACCGCUGACGAUGUGGGCAGCUUUUGGUUUGACCUGAUGUGUAUUUGCCUCGAUACGCCUUUAGGUGUCAUUCGUAACAAAAGAAAUCCAACGAAAGAGGAAGCCGCUUUGCAUGAGCCCCACAUUGUUCAAGACCGCAAGGUGUUUCUCAAAUUUGCACAUCUGCUGCGUGGCAGUUUUGAAGUGUGUGACGAUGGUUCCAUACCAGGCGAUGGCAGAGGAGCUGGAGGCCUGGACUCUGAAUUCUUCAGUCAUUUGAAGCGAAACUGGUACUGGACAAAUCAUCUGCUUGAACUUAAAAAGAGGCUUUGUGGUGCAGAGGACCCACAGAUCAAGAUGAGGCUGAAGAACCUUGUGAGUAAACCUCUCAGAGCUGCUCUACAAGCUGAAGGAACAGUUUCACCUCAGUGUUUGACCAUGAAGCGGUCACUGGCAACAGAAAACUUCAAAGUGGGGGUUGAACCAGCUUCCAGAAACCAGAAGGUGAUCGGAGGAAAAGGACAGAAAAGGAAGAGGUUAAAAAAGGAAGUUGUCAAAGUGGCGCCUAAGAAGAGAAAACAGGCCAAGAAACGCUCCAAUGCUCACGAUGAAACCGACCACAAGGCUUUGAAGAUGAUGACCAAACAAAGAGUGUACUGGUCUGCUAAGGAGGAUGCACUGAUUAUGCUCUGCUCCGUGGCCUCCCGCCUUCUGAACAACAAGUUGAAAAGGCCGUUUGUGCCCUACUGUGUGGUGAGAGACAUGCUGCACGCAGCGUUUAAGAUCUCAGAGGACAAAACCUCCAUCGCUGUUGGCCGUCGCUCAAAAUACAUUCUGAAAAAUCCUCAGACGCUUCUAAACUACAGGAUCUGUCUGGCUGAGGUUCAGCAGGAUAAAACUUUGAUGAAACACUUGGAAGAGAAGAAACCUGCCGACCCCAACAAAGCAGAGGAUUGUGCCAAAGUGUUUUCAGAAUACGUCAAGCUCCUCAGGGAGAAGUUCAGCUCUGUCAUGAACACUGACGGUGUUACCAUUCCCGACUCCAAGCAGGAACUUUUCUCUCGGUUUAAGGUCUCUGCAAUAGACAGUGGAACACGCAUGCCGCUCCAAGACACCCUCACCUGCCAAAUGGACAUUCAUACCAUAGUUCUGCAUAACUUGAUCCAGAGCACCCUGGCUAUGACCAGCGCCCAAAUGAAGUCUUCCAGAUCUUUUCAGACGUUUCACAUGUACAACAAAUACGACCAGGAGCUGCUGUGUCGAGUGUUCCUCCAGUGCAGGAAAAGACGUCUGAUCAACCGCCGCCGCCUUCAAAAGACAUCCGUGAAGAAAAGCCGAGGCAUGCCUAUUCUGCCCAUGUCCUACCAGCUGUCCCAGUCCUUCUACAGGUGGUUUUCAUGGCGCUUUCCUCAAUCACUGUGCACCGAAUCCUUCUGCUUCUUGAGGAGUCUUCUUACCUACAAAACUGGAGAUGAGAGGCCUGCCACGACCUUCUACCAUGAAACAGAGAGUAGGUCUCGGAGUGGGGAGGAAACGUCAGAAAGAAAGGCGGAAUCAGCAAAAAAAAGUCUGGACGACAAAAAGGUUCAACAUCCAGCGGCUACGAAUGCUGAAUCCUUCAAGGAAGGAGAAGACGAUCAAAGAAGAGUAGAGGAAAAGGAGGAACUGAAGGUGGCAGGUGUGAACGAGGAAAAAACAGAGGAAACGCGCAUGUCAGAAUCUCCAGAAAGCCAAGCUGGUGCGCUGACAACUGGAUCGGAUGAUGCUCCAUUGAGUGGCGAGCGCGGAGACGGUCCGCCUGAAUCGCCAGUCGUUCAAGCUCCUCAUCCUCCCUCAGAUGCGUCAGACAUGCUGCAGUUCUCGCUCAGCUCUCCAGGGGGAGCCUGUGUGGCUUCGCUCAGCCUGAUGACUCUGGGGCUCCUGAGUGUGCACGUGUCCAUUCCUAAGCCCAUCGUGGUGGUUGACAGCACCCUGGUGGACAACGAUUUUGUAAAGAGUAUGGCUGCAUUGGAAGAAGAAGAUGAUGAUGAAGAUGAAGAUGGGGACAAUGAAGGGAGAAAAAAGCUCCAAGUUACAGCACACCAGGCGUCACACACCAACUACCUGAUGAUGCAGGGCUACUACUCACCUGGUAUCGUUAAAAUGCGUAACCUAAGCACCAAUGAUAACAUCGUGGUCGAGUCGUGUACUCUAAGGUUACAGCUGCGCAGCACUCCAUCUCAUCGUCUGUUCACAGAGGAGAAUUCUCCUUCCCUGGACCUCACUAAAUGCGGGCCUUCCCUGCUGCCUCGCAUCCUCACCAGACACGUCCGCUCCCCUUGCUGUCGUAUACUGAGCGCAGAGGAGUGCAACGGCGUGCUGAUCCAGGAAAAAGGAUACACACAGCAGGACAUUGAAGCGUGCGCCCGACUCAGGAUAAGCUUGGACGAAGCUGGGGAAAAGGGAUUGGAUGAACGUGAGAUCUACAGGGUUUUCAUGGACCUGCUGGAGCCACAGUCGGGACGCUCCACAACCCUGCAGCUUUAUCUGAAGGAUUUACAGGAAGGAGGCCAGCUGGUCAGAGUUGGAGGUCUGGGUGUGAGGUGGGUGCUGAUGCAGCACGCUGAACCGUGGCUGCUCACUGUGAACUCCCAGCAUCCCCCUGUGCCCCACUCACCCUCAGAGAAGCCCCCCUUUAUGAAGGGCCAGCACAACAUCCCCUUCCUUCGUAAAAGAAGCAGCAGAGAACAGCAUCGGGAAGGACCACCAUCAAAAAGACCUGCUGUGCACCAAGAAAACGGAGCAGACGCGGUGAACGUGGACGCAGGAGAGAAACCCAAUGAAGAGGAGAAACUGGAAGAACAGCUGGAGAAGUCUGAGGGAGCUGAAGAGCAGGAAGUAGCCCAGGCUCAGCUUAUGGAUGAACAGGAAGAGGUUGGGAAGGAGGUGCUGGAAACCAGGAAGCAGGUGGAUCAGUUGAGUGAGUCAAACACCAGAAAGGACAGGAGGGAAAAACUUGAAGAGGAAUGUUCUCCACAAGAUAAGGAAGAGGAGAGCCUGAGCUUCAUCAGCCGGCCAUGGCGCCUAAUUGACGGCAGCGUGAACCGAGCCGUGUGUAAGGGCAUGUUGGAAGGUCUCCUGUACCACAUCAUGUCUCAGCCAGGACUCACGCAGCAGGCUCUGCUGGAGCAUUACAGGACUGUGCUGCAGCCAGUCGCAGUGUUGGACCUUGUGCAGGCGCUCGUGGAGUUGGGGUGCGUGGUAAAGAAAAGUUUGGUGAAAGAGCCCAAACCCUCACUGUUUAGCCGUUCUGCUCACCAGUCAAGAACAAACAGAGCAGGGGAAGUUGGGGAACCAGACGAGGUGUUUUAUGAGCCCACCAUCAGCUGCUGCCUGAGACUCAGUCAGGUGUUGCCCAACGAACGGCACUGGAACGACUGUUGUUGAUCAGCAAGUUCACCGUUACAAUUGUGUAGUUUUUCUUUCACUGGGAAUAUUUUUAAAAACUGUGUUAUUGUGUUUCUGUUUGAAAUAAAAAAAAUAAUUAUUGCUGACUUGCAUUAGUUUUUGCUCAAAAACAAACAUUUAAAGUUGUAACAUUGCUGAUGUUUACUAUUACUUUAUUUCUGAGCAAUAUAUUUUAUUUACUUUUUGCUGCAAAAGUCACAAAAAUUGAGUUUUUAUGUUUUAGAACAAGAUCAAUGAAAAAUGUAUAAAUCAAAAUAGAAAGCAAAUAGGAGUGAAUUUUUGUUUACUGUGUGUUGGGGUGAGCUCAGAGAGUACAAAAGGUUAAACCCUUGAUGCCUGAAUUUAUUUUCCAGCUAUUUCCAGCUUCCGCAAUAAUCACUAAGGUUUUUGCUUUAGGUAGAGUAGCUACAGUAAACAUCAUAUUAAAUGUUUUAAUAUGGCAAAAGUUGAAUUCCAUAAUUAUUCUCAGGAGAAACAAAGAGCUUAAAUGCAUUUCCCCCCCACUAUAAUUCUGGCCAGCAGAGGGAAAAUCCCUACUAGGAGCCAAAGAGGAAAAGUUGAUUUUGGAUUUAGUGUCGCCUACAUGCUUCCUCUCCAGUUCUAAUUCCAAACUUUGCAUCAAAACCAAAGAUCUUUUUGACAAAGCUCUAUAGUGGUCUAUCUGAUAUUUUGAAUGUUGUUUGUCAAAGAGCAAGAAAAAAACACUGGUUGGCUGUAAAAAGGCCGCAUAGAAUUCAAAUCUGAGAACAAUUCCAGGAAUCUGGGAAACCAGGGGGCUCAGGACGGAAAUAACAGCCAUCUGGCACAAUCUGACUCCAUUAUGAACCUGUCUUUCCUCAACCUGAGCUUUCAAAUUGAUGUACCCUGAUGAAGCUUUUGCAUGGUUCUCCCUCUGCUGCAAACAUGUGAUUAUGAUUAUAGAUGUCCUUGGUGUUUUCUUAAGGACAUUAAGCAUUUCUUAACCUUUUGCACGUAAUGCAUCAUGUGUGUACGUCCUGUGCCUUUUGUGAACACUCUGGUGUGAUCUUCCAGUUUUGGUGUGUUGUGUUUGUCAGUUUUUCAUCAAUUCCUCUUUUGUUUUUUUUCCAUUCUUCAAUGCUAAAAUUACAAGGAGCAACCUCCACACCCAAACCUGACCUGGAAACAAACAAAAAAGGACUUUCAAGUUUUCCAAAGACCAUUCCAACUAACGUGCCUGUCAGGGGGGCAGAGGGGAUGUGAGGAAUGAAAACAGGAUGCUCUGUGUUUUAGGCUGUUAUGUGGGGCCAACCAUUGUUCAACUGACAAUUAAAUGAAAGAGGCAAAGGCUUCCAUUUCAGAUCAACGCAGACUUUCUGUUGGAGGUUUGUUUUUGCUCUAAAAGACAAAGAAAAUGCCUUUUUGUUUUUCUCUGUUUGUUGUGAGUUUGCAGUGCAUCUGCUUUGUUUCUAGCUGUGAUAAUACCUGUCCCGAUAAGCCGGUGUUCACUCCGUCCUCACUGGUGGUGAAGUAUGGAGAUCCAGCCUUUGCCACGUGUGUACCAUGUCAGUCUGGCUGUGAUGAAAGUCUCGCUAAUUUGGAAGCCUCUGGAUAUAAAGAAAAAAAUGGAAGCACAUUAAAGUGGAAAGUUAGCAGCUUGACUGAAUGGAAGAGUGAUCCCAUCUGCUAUUAUAUUGAUCACAAUGGAACUCAGUGUUGUAGCACACUGAAGGUCACUCUGUACCAAAUGCCAACAAACGUGUCCAUCUCUGUUUUAAACCAUUCUGGGCCAAUGCUUGAGAAGAGUCAGUACAACCUUGUGUGUGAAGUAGGGGAUGUGGCUCCUGCUGAGAACCUGACUGUGACCUUCUACAGAGGACAGACAGAACUAGGCCAAGAACAGUUCUCCGGAACAACUUCAAGGAAACCAGAGAAUGGCUCCUUCAGUCUCAGCCUUAACGCCACCAAAGAAGAUGAUGGAGCCCAGUUCUCAUGUGGAGCCAAGCUGGAACUAGGACCUGAAGGACCACAGCGCCCCUUAGUGGUCAGGUCACAGAGUCUCACUGCAACAGUCCACUACGGCCCUGAGCUGCAGAAUGAAGUGAAUCAGAUCAGCAUCUAUGAAGGAGAAACUCUACAGCUGAACUGCUCGUCAGCGGGGAACCCGCCCCCCUCAUAUACCUGGAUUCUUCCAUUCAAUGACUCUUCCCCGGCCAGCAGUGUUCUCACCUUUAAAUCUGCCAAUUUUAAGCAUGAAGGCCAGUACAACUGCACUGUCAGCAACAGUUUGAUGGCAGUCAGUGUGAUUUUUGAGGUGGACGUCCAAGUUAACUUCCUCCCGUACAUCAUAGCUGCAGCAGUUGUGCUUGCUGCUGUGGUUUUGACUAUAGUUGCUGCAAAAAUUUACUGUUGCUACAAACACAAGUACAUGAGAGAUUACAACCUGAAGGAUGUCUUCCGUCUGCGCCGUCAUCCCUCUCAAGGGCCCUAUUAGAGUGAGAGUCUACAAAACUGAGAAGGAUGGACAAUGUGAUGCUGGCCAAAGACGAAAAGCUGAUGACUGUUUGUCUGGAUUAAUUAUUUUUUCAUGCAGUACAACAGCAAUCAUGAGUGUAUAUACACUGAUAUAUACAUAUAUAUAGCUGUUUUAAGACAGCGGUCUUGCUCUUUGCACUGCAUCAAUUUAGAUUUUUUAGUCACUUUGUUUUUUCAUUUUAGCAGCCACAAAGUUUUGUGUGUUCAUUUUAGUAUCUCCAACCAGUCAAUUAAGCCUAUAGACUAAGACGUAAAAAAAAAAA